GGGGAUUUAGUGAGUUUGGGGCCAAACGUUUGGGGAAUUAUCUUCGAGGCUUGUUGGCAACACGGGCACAGCUUUCUCCAGAAUCCAUCAAAGCCUGUUUGUACAUGAGCCAAAGCAAUUGCUUGUGAAUGACGUCAGUAGUUCUCUCUCUCUCUCUCCUAACUCCCACCUCCUCUUUAGGAGCUGAAUAUUAUGAUCUUGCCUUUGCCAGUUUCCCAUCCCCUGCUGGUCAAGGAACUUGUGUAUCAAUUCACGGAGUUCAUGUUCCUGUGUGACUUGAAUUGUGCUGCUAUUUGGACAGAUGAUCUUUGACCGAUGAUGAGUUGUUUCUACCUUUUCUCCAGGGAUUCCAGUAAGCCUUCUUAAAAGCCUGAUUGAUUACCAGAUAAUUCUAAUUAAACCACAUACAGCUAUCAGCCAAGAUUGGAUGUCAUGACAUGCCUCACGUUAAAGCUGUAUCACCGAUGUACCAUGAUACUGUCGGCCAAUUUGUACCCUUAGGUCCAUUUUGUACUUGCCGCUCCCAGUGGUUUAAAGUUGGAACUUGUCAUCCUUUUUAAUUCAAAGGAAACUGCUCCAUUCUGUUCUGUCAUAUUCCGUAUUUAAACCUAUAUAGACUUCUAAAGGUAUUUAAUUACGGCUUUUUAGCUGAUCCACAAAAUAUUUCAGUAGCACACACAGUAUUUCAAGUGGGGCGUUCACCAGCAACUGAUGGUGCUGAAAAUGUAUUCCUUCUAAAAAUGAAGUUUCAUUCCUUGGCCCAAACAUUGGUUGUGCUGCUUCAUUUGCCCUGACUUUUGGAGCUUAAUUCUGCCUUCUGUUAACUAAAAUAAACGUCUUUUUUUCCCCAAAAAAUGUAUCUGCUAAUUGAAAAAAAUGGUUGUUAUAUCUUGCAAUGCUUGCAAACAUCUGUAAUGAAUUUCCUACUUUUAUGGCUUACUUGUGAGCAGAAAAUCUUUUCUUUCUCUCUGUCUCCAAUUCUGUAUUCAGGUAGGCUUUAGAUCACCUGAAUGUAUAAAUCAGUUCUACAGUAUUGCGGCUUCUUCGGAUCAUUAGGUGGUAAUAAGAGGUACUACUGUGUUGAUAUCCAGUGACUUUCCCAGUGGUUUCAUGUAGACACUGAAAAUCCAGAGUCCAAAUGACUGCAACACUAUGCCCAAAUGAUCCACAGGGAUAGUUCAGUGGAUAUCAAGAGAACAGCCAUUUCUUCAGUGCAAAUUGACUCCAACAACCUUCAAGUUUAUAUUUAUCUUCAGACCAGAUCCAAAAUGGAUCCAAAGAACUGCAUCAUUCAACAUUAGCUGGAAAUGAACCAUCAAAUGCUCUAAUACUUUCCCCAAGAAUUUGCAGUAAUAAAUUUACACAUUUAUAAUGCAUUUAUUUAAAAUGACUCUAUACUGAUACAACACAAAUGUUUCUGGAGCAGUGUAAAAAAACAAUGCCCCACUUUGGAUAUCUUUUCUUUCUAUUUUAAUUUCUCUUAAGUUUUAUUGUAUCCUAAAAUAAACAUCAAGAACAACAACAGUAAACGGAAACACUUUACCUAUUAACUGGUACUUGAGAAAACAAAUACUUUGGAAGUUAAACAUCAUAGUCCAUAUUCACACCUAUAAACAUAAACUCACAGGUUUAGUUGGAAAGAAUGUGAUGCCCUGACACCCGGAGCGCUUUUGCAGCUCAGAUUAACUUAACACUUUUGAUACUAAUGAGAAUGGGAAAAAUGACCUGGAGAUAAUGAACUAGAUGAAGUAUAUAAAAAUAUUUUCAGAAGGAGAACAAGACUACUUUUUUCCUCUCCAAAGUCACUGUGACAGCCGGCUAGAACGCUGCAAAGAUGAAUUGGAAGCAAGUGCUUUUUCUUGCCUAUCUCAUGACUCUUGUCCUUCUGAUUGUCCUUGAGGGAAGCAGCAGCAUGUCUGUAGGCUCCAAGUCCAUGGCUGUGGGUUCCAAGAAGGCAUCAAGUGGAGAAUCAAGCAAGGAAAGUCUGGAAAAGAGAGUCUUCAUGAAAGAAUCAGAUGCCUCUAACUUUUUCAAGAAGCGAGGCAAAAGGUCUACAAAAUCUAGAGACGAGCUCAAUGCGGAGACUCGCCAGAUGCUGGCAGCAGAUGAACAGAGGAGGGAGUACUAUGAGGAGCAGAGGAAUGAGUUCGAGAACUUUGUUGAGGAAGAGCGUGAUGAGCAGGAUGAAAGAAGCCGAGAACAGAUUGAGCAAUGGCGUGAAUACCACUAUGAUGGCCUCUAUCCACCAUAUCAAUACAAUCGGCACAUUGUCUAGAGCAAAUGUGGAGAACUGUGCCAAACAAUAAAAAUGGAAGUAUCUGCUGAGGGCACUAUUGACAGGACUAACAGCAAAGCACUAUUUGAGCCUAUAAUAGAUCUUCUGUAAUGAAUCUACUUCAUCAACAUAUCUCAUAUCAUCGAAUUCACUGAUAGGUACUGCUUUGCUUUGCAUUAUGAAGGAAUAGUAUGUAGAAGCCUUCAGACCUUGAUGCACACAGGGCAAAUUAAUGCAGAUUUUUCAGAUUUGUAUAUGUAUAUAUAAUGUAUAUGAGCAACUCUGUUUAGAGCAAGUGGGCAAUCAUUAUUUCAAAACAAUCACUAUACUGUAUAUUGAGGGAGUCACUGAAAACAAAGCCAGCUUGUGCUAUAACUAGAGUAUUUUAAAUGAUUUUAGAAUGCAGAGCAAAAGUUAAUGUUUUAGCAUUUUUGCAUCUGAUGAAGUGGGAGUCAGUUCAUGACAGUUUAUGCCAAAUAAAAUGUGCUGGUCUUCUAAGGUGCCACAAGACUUUUUGUCAUCGGAAUAUACAUUAUUAAAAAUAUUAUUAAAAUAUUUUAGCUACUUCAAUUGCUUUCCUUUGUUACUCUACAUGCAUUGUUGUUGUUGUGUGCCUUCAAAUCAUUUCUGACUUAAGGGGACCGUAAAGCCACCACG